UUCUUUCGGAAACGCGAUCACCAGCAUCAUGAAGGCUGCCGCAGUCCUCCUUCUGGCCGCUCUGGUCGCUGCUGCUCCACGGGCUCGCCGCCAGGCGGCCCCCCUUCCCGACGGCAGCGAGCUGCUGCUGGGCCGCGCCCUGCAGUCGUCCUUCCAGUGCACGCGUGACGGCUACUACGCCGACCUGGAGACCAACUGCCAGGUGUUCCACGUGUGCCGCGGCGUGACCAAGGAGAACGGCAACGUCGAGUUCGAGCACCACGCCUUCGCCUGCGGCAACCAGACCGUCUUCAACCAGGCCUCCUUCACCUGCGCCUUCCUCGACGAGGCCAUCCCGUGCAACAGCGCCAAGGACUUCUACUACCUCAACGAGCGCCUCUUCCAGGACAAGGACACCCCCAUCCUCGGAGACGAAGAAGCUCAGAAGGCCGCCGAAUUCUACCCGGCCCGUGCUGCUGCCAAGGCCUAAACAACGGCAUGUGCGAAGGAGUGCGUGAUGAAUGACUGUGAGUGCGUGUACAAAGAACCUAUUAAAUAAUAUCGACCAAUAUAACUUCUUCGGAGUCAUCUUUU